ACCACGGUCUACCAUGGUCUACGUCUGUCUUCCCAGCCAGUGAGCACGAGGCAGUGAUUAGGUGUGACAUUCUAUCUGCUGAUCGGGCAACCGGUGUUCGCUCAUGCAUCAUUCAAUAGCGUGGUGAAUUUCUAACUGACUGGAUUAUAAUCUUGUUCCUGUUGCAUGCUGCAGCUAGCCAGGGGAAACCUGAUCAUUGUGGCCGCGAAAAGACAUUUCCAGCGCCCCAUACCAAAGAGGGAGCCGCUUCCUGGCGAUAUCGAUCCUGGCUGAAAGUGUUGCGGGAGGGACAACUCACGGAGCUAUUUAGAGACGGACCACAGUAGAGCAGCACGAGACGAUACUGCGAAGAAUAAUACUGGCGCUUCAAAGUAGAGAGCAACAGAAAUUUUGCAACCAUUUCGUGUCAAAGACAGUGCAGCGCCAGGGUAGAUCUGCCGUCCCGAAAACAAAAUUUAUUUGACAAGCGGUGGUGCAUGGUGGUCGUAGACGUCGACGAGAACGUUUCCUCUAGUGCAGUCAGUACCACUGCACUGUGGUUUGGUGUGAAUCGCGGACUUGGCGGCUAGUGUGUCAGUAGUAUGUGUGUUCAGUUGACGGAAGAACAGCCGCACCAUGUGUUACGGCUGCUGUCGUCACAUUCUUGUCAAUCGCGAACGAAAGAGCAGCAACCUCCGCUCCUCCGGCCCACGUGUUUACAACGUUCGGUUUGUCACACGGUGCGGCGCGGCAGGAGUUGGACACCUCUCCUUGCGCUUCCCGCACUGCUAAUGCUGUCAUUAUCGUUUGGAAGAAUGGAGACGCUAGCAGAGUGUGUGCUUGCUGAGGGUGGACAAGGUACUGAGUUCUGCUCGCCGUCGAGUUUCGACCUAACGAGUAGUCUGCCCUCGGCUCUCUUGUCCGCCGGGAGCAGCUUUAAAGAUGGCGAACCAAACUGUGAGUUGGAAGGUGGGGAGGUGAAGUGCGAGCCUGCGACCGAUGGCCAAUUCGACGUUCAGCACCUGGCCGCAGCGCCGGGAAGUUGGCAGUCCGAAAUUCAAAUGACUGCGGACAGCACGGUGAACGUGGAGCUGGCAUUACCGUCGCGCUAUAUUCUCUUCACCAUCCGAAUCAGUUUGACGCUGCUGCCCGACAAGUUUCUCGUCCAGACAUCUGGAGAUGGUGGCAGUACAUGGACGACGCGUUUCCGAUUCACCCAGUCGGCAAGUGAGUGCGAGAGCCUGCCGAACCCGCAAGAGAAAGCGCGCUGUGGAGCGUACAACGCCGAAGCAGCGUCAGUCGGCAUCUUUGCGGAGACGGAGCUCACGCAACUGUUAGGGAACACCAGAAACGUCCAAACUCAACUGGACAUUCCCGGCGGUCCGUUCGUCAACAGGGUUCGCAUUCAGUUCCUGAAGAUUGAUGACAUGUUUAGUGUUAUUGGGGAUCGGAGUGAUCUCCCUAAGCUGCUCUACUACCGCGCAGAUCAGCUACAGGUCUUCGGUACCUGUUGGUGCAACGGGCAUGCACGCCGAUGUCUGAUGGACGGUAGUGCUAGUGAUGCGUCCACCUGUGAGUGCCUGGGUAAUACCACUGGUCCCAACUGUCAGGAAUGUGCACCGGGAUUCUUCAAGCGUACGCUUCCCGGCGGCUUCACAUGCCAAGCGUGUGGUUGCAGUACGUCAGCAGGUGCCGACGGUCUGGCCUGCUCUCCCAUGGGCAUGUGCACGUGUCGCCUUGGUUACCGAGGGCAGCGCUGCGAGAACUGCUCUAGCGGCUAUCAUCGCGACGUCGUCGGGCAGUGUGUGAGGUGCAACUGCGGGGUCGGCGUCGUAAAUCAGGAGUGCGAGGGUCGCACUGGUGCAUGCAAGUGUCGCGUGGGAGUCACUGGGUUAAAGUGUGACACUUGCAUCGCUGGCCACUAUGGCUUAUCUGAAGAUGAUGGUUGCCGGCCAUGCGCAUGUCACGCAGAUGGCUCAUCGGGCCGCGAGUCGUGCAAUCAGACAACGGGACAGUGUGUGUGCGCGCUCAACGUGAUCGGUCGACAAUGUGACAGCUGUGCCAGUGGUUAUCAUACAUUGACAUCAGCUGGCUGCUCUCCACUGUCACAACCCAGCACUAGUAUGAGUCAAGGAAUGCCUCAAGAACCAACCAGCACCACGUCGACUACACAAGCAGUGACGUCUCGUGCACAGCCGGUUGCCAAUAGCAACGGAGACGGCAAUCCGGAUGAAGUGUUGGAGGACGAUUCCAGCGACAACACCCUGCUGCUUAUCUACGUGUUCAUACCGGCCACCGUGGCGUUUGUCGUUCUCGUCUUCGUCAUCGUGUACAUCAUACGACGUGGUCGUAACCAUGGCGACGAGCAUCACGACGGCGAGAAGAAGAAAGUUCACUUGAACCGCAACGAUUCAAGCUCGUCGCGAGUGCCGCUGAGCGCGUACGCAGCCAGUGGCCCACGCACUUCGCCGGACAGCAGCGGUGGGCGCCUUGGCCAGCGUAAGAUGUCCAUAGCGUCGCUGUACGACACGGCCGACGUCAUAGCACCACAGCUGAGAACACACGACCGAUCGCGCACACCCAGUGCUCCGGGCAGCAAGCGGCAGAGCUUCAUCAACGACGAUCGGACGAUCGUGGCCACCCCUAAUAUCCUGCAUGAGCAGCUCAUGCCAUAUCAAACGGACGAGUCGCUUACAGCUUACGACAUCUCCAAAAUCGUCAACCCACCGCCAGAGCCGUACGCUAAGACCAAGUUUAAGAUGCUGAGCAUUGGCACGCAGCCGAGCGCUACUGAAGAGUCGCCUACGGACGUGAGCCGGGCACAGCGAGCGCUCGCCGAGCCGUACGCGUCGGCAGGAAUGAAACUGACGCCGAUCAAGACGCACGCGGCCGAGCCAGCUCUGCCGGCGCCGUUGAACCAGUACACGCUGCCCGACAUCGAGGUCAAGAGACAGCGGCGCGGCAUAAAGCGACAAAAGAGCACGCCGACGUCCGAAGUGGGCAUGGUGGUCAGCCCAGGAUCACCGCAUGCGUCGACAGUGGUCUACCAGCUAGACAGCGGUCAAGUAGGUAGAUUGUGUUCGGAUGUGUAGAUACAAUACGUCAUGCUCGGUGUGACAUGCACACGAUGAUCCACAACAUCUGCUGCUGAUCAGUGUCACAGCAUCAUCUACUAGCCUAUCUCUGAAUCUCCUGAUGUCGUGAGUGCAGGUAGACAUUGCUCCAAAACUCAGGGCAUGCCCCGGCUAGCUGAGCUCAGUGCUGAUACAGUGUGGUACUCACCUAGUUGUAUCUUCUUCUCAGGCUGAAUAACCGUACACACUGCUGACGGUGAAACCUGUGUACUUGUGUCUGCACAGCCAGCAGGCUCUUGCCACUCGGGUACCGCAGAGAGGGACUUGGGACAUGCUAGCGUGUGCUGGUGCUAUUGAGCUUUUCUCGUCCUCCGUGACCGCGUGAAUCUCUGUCAGAAUGACUUCGUAAUGUUGCAUAUCGCAUAGCUCUACUGGGCUUUGCGGUAUCGCCAAUUUCGAUCACGUUAAUUGUCAUUGUAUUGAACAUGAUGGCUGGCUGUACAGGUUUGAAUGUGUUGUGAUCAAUGUCGCAUUUUACUUGAGUUCCCAAUCCUCGUUUUAUCUAUGUCUCUGCCCAUUCCUAUUUCCUACUUUGAACGGUAUUUCUUAUUGAGAACCUGAGUUGUGGUCUGCUACCAUAUCAUCAUGCUACAAGAUUGUGAGGUUGUGCCGGUCACAGUGCCGGUGACACAGGUAA